GCGGAGGCGGAGGAGGAUGGCCGGGGGUGCUGGCGCCGGUGCGGACGGCGGUGCGGGCGGCGGCGGCGGCGGUGACGGCGACGGUCGCGGUCCCAGCGGCGGCAGCGGGAGGAACCUCUGGGAAAUGGAUGAAGAGAGGCUGCUGGAUCCAGGGUUGAAAGUCUGUGGAGGCCUCUGGAGUUGUGCUCUAAAGAACCAGCAGAUGGAAGGUCUGAGUGACUGAAGAAGAUGGGUGCUAAUGCAUCUAACUAUCCUCAUUCAUGUUCCCCGAGGGUAGGGGCAAAUUCUCAAGCCCAGCAGACUUUCAUAGGGACAUCAUCUUUUUCUCAGCAAGGCUAUGGUUGUGAGUCAAAGUUAUAUAGCCUUGACCAUGGCCAUGAGAAACCACAAGACAAAAAAAAGAGAACCUCUGGCCUUGCCACCCUCAAAAAGAAGUUUAUUAAACGCCGAAAAUCUAAUCGGUCUGCUGACCAUGCCAAGCAGAUGCGAGAACUCCUCUCUGGAUGGGACGUGAGAGAUGUCAAUGCGUUAGUGGAGGAAUACGAGGGAACUUCAGCCUUAAAGGAACUUUCUCUACAAGCCAGCUUGGCUCGACCAGAAGCUCGGACACUGCAGAAAGAUAUGGCCGAUCUUUAUGAGUACAAGUACUGUACUGAUGUAGACUUAAUAUUUCAAGAGACUUGCUUUCCUGUGCAUCGUGCCAUUUUGGCGGCAAGGUGCCCCUUUUUUAAAACAUUGCUUUCUUCUUCGCCUGAGUACGGGGCAGAGAUCCUCAUGGACAUCAGUACAGCUGGUAUAGACAUGCCCAUGUUUUCUGCUUUGCUCCACUAUCUUUACACAGGAGAGUUUGGAAUGGAGGACUCAAGGUUUCAGAAUGUCGACAUCCUCCUUCAGCUGAGUGAAGAGUUUGGAACACCAAAUCCCCUUGAUGUAGAUAUGCGUGGGCUCUUUGAUUACAUGUGCUACUACGAUGUCGUCCUUAGUUUCUCUUCAGACUCCGAACUUGUUGAAGCUUUUGGUGGAAAUCAGAGCUGCUUAGACGAAGAGCUCAAAGCUCACAAAGCAAUUAUUUCAGCCAGAUCCCCUUUCUUUCGAAAUUUAUUGCAAAGGAGGAUACGAACUGGAGAAGAAAUCACAGACCGAACUCUGAGGACUCCCACGAGAAUUAUAUUAGAUGAGACCAUCAUACCAAAAAAAUACGCAAAAGUGAUAUUGCACUGUAUGUACACAGACGUGGUGGACCUUGCCGUGUUGCACUGCAGCCCCUCGGUGGGCAGCCUCAGUGAGGUCCAGGCUCUUGUUGCGGGGAAGCCACACAUGACCCGGGCGGAGGAGGCCAUGGAACUUUACCACAUAGCCCUGUUCCUGGAGUUUCACAUGCUGGCACAAGGCUGUGAGGAUAUCAUUGCUGAGAGCAUCUCAUUAGAUACCUUAAUUGCCAUCCUCAAGUGGAGCUCUCACCCCUAUGGCUCUCAGUGGGUACACCGACAAGCUUUACAUUUCCUCUGUGAGGAAUUUUCCCAGGUCAUGACUUCGGAUGUUUUUUAUGAACUCAGCAAAGACCAUCUACUUACUGCUAUCCAGUCUGACUACCUACAGGCAAGUGAACAAGAUAUCCUUAAAUAUUUGGUUAAAUGGGGUGAGCAUCAAUUGAUGAAAAGAAUAGCAGAUAGAGAGCCAAAUUUGCUGAGUGGUACCGCCCACAGUGUGAACAAGAGAGGUGUGAAGAGACGGGACCUGGACGCAGAAGAACUGAGAGAGAUCCUGUCUUCUAUUUUAUCUUUUGUGCGCAUCGAACACAUCUUACCCAUCAACAGCGAGGUCCUUGGUGAUACAAUGAAAAGAGGCCUGAUUAGUACUCCUCCAUCAGAUAUGCUUCCGACAACAGAAGGUGGGAAGGCAAAUGCUUGGUUACGGCAAAAAAAUGCUGGCAUCUAUGUGCGCCCUCGUCUGUUCUCUCCUUACGUGGAAGAAGCAAAGUCCGUGUUAGAUGAGAUGAUGGUAGAACAAACAGAUCUUGUGCGGUUGCGGAUGGUUAGAAUGUCCAAUGUGCCAGAUACACUCUACAUGGUCAACAAUGCUGUGCCACAGUGCUGCCACAUGAUCAGCCAUCAGCAGAUCAGCAGUAACCAGUCCAGCCCUCCUUCCGUUGUAGCCAAUGAGAUUCCUGUUCCUCGUCUCCUCCUCAUGAAGGAUAUGGUCCGACGCCUACAGGAGCUUCGGCACACUGAGCAGGUGCAACGGGCCUACGCGCUCAACUGUGGGGAAGGCGCCACUGUCAGCUACGAGAUCCAGAUCCGAGUGCUGAGGGAGUUUGGACUUGCGGACGCUGCUGCCGAGCUCCUGCAGAAUCCUCAUAAGUUCUUUCCUGAUGAGCGUUUUGGGGAUGAAAGUCCACUCUUGACGAUGAGACAGUCACAGUCCGGGAGGUGUCGUGUGAACAGCACCCCUGCUGCAGAAACCAUGUUUACAGAUCUGGACUCUUUUGUGGCCUUCCAUCCCCCCUUACCCCCACCACCACCCCCUUACCACCCUCCUGCUACCCCACUCCACAACCAGCUCAAAGCCGGCUGGAAACAGAGGCCUCCCAGUCAGCACCCUUCACGCUCUUUCUCUUACCCCUGCAAUCACUCGCUCUUCCACUCCAGAACAGCUCCGAAGGCUGGGCCCCCUCCAGUCUAUUUGCCAGGUGUCAAAGUAGCAGCCCCUGAUUGUACUACCCCCUCUGGACUGGGGAGACAGACCGUGGCUACUGCCACUGCAUCGGCAACAGUCACAGCAGAGAAACAAGUGUGUACCCAACCGGCACUAAACGACCUGAUGCCAGAUAUCGCCAUGGGCGUGUCCACGCUGUCCCUCAAAGACAGGAGGCUUCCAGAACUUGCUGUGGACACGGAGUCGAGCCAGUCAGUAGCUGAUGUUGGGCCCGGGCCUCCACAGCAGCACCUGUCGUGCGUGGCCCAGAGACACACACACACUUCCCGGAAGAAGCACGCACUGGAGCAGAGAGUGGAGGUGCCGCAGGAGUAUCCGGACUUCUAUGACUUCUCCCAUGCUGCUCGCAGGCCGUCCACGCCGGCCCCUGGCAGGCGCAGCCCUUCCCCUUCCAGAGGUGGCUACUUCGGUCCCGACCUGUAUAGCCACAGUAAAGCAUCACCAAGUGGCUUAAAGUCUGCCUACCUACCCCGUCAGGCCUCUCCCAAGAAGCAGGAAGAAGCGCGGCGAGACUGCCCGCUCUCCCCUGAGCGACACCCACACCGGCAGAAGAGCGACCCUGUGCGCCUCGAUGUUGCCGAGCAGCCCCCUGCACGGGCAGACUUGGCCUCCGCAGCCCCUGAGUCCGCUGCGGCUCACAACCGGGGGCGAGUGACCGUGGAAACCGACCUGACCUUCGGGCUGACUUCUAACCGGCCUUCCCAGCCGGCUCCAUGUGGCUCAGAAGCUCCGGAUGAGAGAGCCGGCAGGAGACUGGCUGACACGGGGGCCCUGGGCCAUGGUGCUCAGCGAGUCACUGAGCUGGAGAGGGAGGACUCGCUGAGCCGAGGUAGGAGGUCGCCCAACAAGCCGGACUUUCUCUACAAGAAGUCAGCCCUCUGAGCAGGGGGCCACACCCUCCCCGUGCCCAGAAUGGGAAGCAUUCCGCUUUCGGGUGCCACCAACAACUCCCAGACGGUCUCUUCAUGCCAGCUGAUAACUCGAUUUCUUUUCCCCUCGUUCCUUCUUUUCUGUAUAUACAUGUUGAUUAGACAUGGCAUGCUGAGAGGGUUAUUUUGAAUGCUGCAUCUGUCUGUUUUAUGUUUGAACAAUUGUGUGGGGAAGCAUUUUUCAGAGCAAGCAAGCUGGCACUUUUUUUCCCUCCCCCUCUCUUUAUUAAGGAUGGAAUUCUUUUGCACUUGUACAUCUAUUUUAUCUGUAUUAAUUUUAUAUCAGUAUGUUAAACUUUAUUGCAACAUUUAAAGGACUGUAUUUUCAUACUUUUUGCAUUUUACCUUUCAUCUACCAAUUUUCACGUGCAUUGGAUUGCACAGUAAGAUGUAUUUUCUUAUGAAAUACUUCUGUUUAUUUUUUAAUUAUAGAUAUUCCAAAGAACAGCACAUCAAAAUGCUCCUCUCUUUUCAGUGACUGUCUUAUUUCAGAAAUCUUCCUGCUCAGUCUUAGAAACCUAAUGUCAUUCUUGGUUUUUUGUUUUUUAACAAGUGGGGAACUGGUUUUUAUUCCUCCAGCUGGAGUCUGGUCAGAACCCCAAAGUGUGGUGGCUCCAUGACAGGAAGGGGAAUGGCUUUCCUCCGCCAGAUAAGGGCCGCAGCUUCACUCUCCGGGGUGCGGUGCCCAUAUUGGGGCCAUGGGACAGACUCACGCUUGUGCAGCAGUUUCAUUUCUCGGAAUCCUAAAGUUGUGUGGAAGUGGAACGACAAUUCCAAGGCCACGCUGAGCCUGAGGGGGUUUCUGGCUCUACGCACCGACUCCCGCUGGGCUGGGGAAAGAAGGGCUCCACUGUCUCCCUGGUCUUGCUCUCUGUGGGAAAACCAGAAAACAAAAGGGCUUCAGUCUUACGGAUGUCAUUUGGUAUUUGUAAGCUAACAUGUUCUGUUUUUUUUUUUAAAUGUUAUUCAAAGUGUGUCUGAAUUUUGGUGUCCUAGACAAACUUGUUGUAUAAUGCAUAAUGCUUUGUUACUCAAAAAAAAUGAAAAAGGAAAAAACGUCCUCCCCUCCAAUCCAGUGAAACAUUCCCUUCUUGACUUGAACCCAUGGGGAUGCUGGUCGUGUUUGUCUGAACCAUUGAGCACACAGGGUCUGUUAGGUCCUCUCCUGGGAAGGGUGCCACUUGUGCUAAGGCCAAUUCCCUUCCUCUCUGUGUAGACACAUCCAUGUCAGCAUUUCCUAGUCACUUCCCUGAGUAUUUUCACUCACAGCCGUAGGUAGCGCUGACAAGAAGAGACUUGGAACAUCCGCUCUUCUCCGGGUGUUGGGCGCCUCUUUGCCACGUCUGUAUAUAGAUAGAAAACUAUGAAUCACUCCCACUCACUCAAAAACUAUGCAGGGCCAGGGAGCCGCAACAAACUACCACAUAAGCAACAUACGUGCACUUUCCAUUAAGUAGGUUUCUGCUGGGUGUCAGCUGAAACUGGAGUUUCUCUUCCAUUCUCUUCCUCUUUUGCCCUGUGGAUAGACACUCAGGAAUAAUCUGACUUGAGAAGCAAAAUCCUCGCAGAAGAUAAGUCUCAGAGAUGGGCAACCACUGUUGCUGCCUGUGGACUCUUCCACACCUUGCGUGACUCUCCAUAGCCAAUCGGAUCAAGUGUACAUUGCCUCAGAGACACCUUUAUUUUU